UCUUCCGCCGCAUCGACGGACCCUUCCGCGGCUGCCGACGCCUCCUCCUCCGCCGCCGGCAUCGAAGCCGUGGCUGGGAUGGCCAUGAGCCUGGACGAGCGGUUCGACCUGCUGAUGAGCAUCGGCGAGGAGUGCAUCCAGGAAGACGAGCUCUGGCAGCUGCUGCAGCACAAGCCCGUCCCGGUCUGCUACGACGGAUUCGAGCCCUCCGGCCGCAUGCACAUUGCUCAGGGUAUUGUGAAGACAAUUAAUGUUAACAAGAUGGUCAGAGCGGGAUGCAAGGUGAAAAUCUGGAUAGCAGACUGGUUUGCGCAACUAAACAACAAGAUGGGCGGCGACCUGGAGAAAAUCCGGACCGUCGGGCGCUACAUGAUCGAAAUAUGGAAAGCAGCCGGUAUGAACCUCGACGGCGUUGAAUUCUUAUGGUCUUCGGAAGAAAUCAAUAAGCGUGCAAGUGAAUACUGGCCACUUGUAAUGGACAUUGCCAGGAGAAAUAAAGUCAAACGAAUAACAAGGUGUUGUACGAUUAUGGGCCGCGCUGACAGUGAGGACCUAACUGCUGCACAGAUCUUCUAUCCUUGCAUGCAGUGUGCUGACAUAUUCUUCCUAAAGGCAGAUAUAUGCCAGUUGGGCAUGGACCAAAGGAAGGUAAACAUGUUAGCGAGGGAAUACUGCGAUGACAUCAAAAGGAAGAACAAACCAAUUAUUCUGUCACAUCAUAUGCUCCCCGGUUUCAAACAAGGCCAGGAGAAGAUGUCAAAAAGUGAUCCAACAUCAGCUAUCUUUAUGGAAGAUGAUGAGGCUCAGGUAAAAUUGAAGAUAAAUCAAGCUUUCUGCCCUCCUCCUCCUCCUCCCAACACUGUUGACGAAAAUUCCAACAUUGUUGAUGGAAAUCCAUGCCUAGAGUACAUCAAAUACAUUGUUUUCCCUUGGUUUGACAAGUUUGAGGUGGUUCGGAAAGAAAAAAAUGGCGGUAACAAGACAUUUUUAAGCAUGGAUGAAGUCAUUGUUGAUUAUACGAGUGGUGCUUUGCAUCCCACCGACGUUAAAACUUCUUUGGCUAAAGCAAUCAAUGAAAUAUUGAAGCCUGUUCGUGAUCACUUCAACACCAACAGUGAAGCCAAGGUUCUCCUCGACACUGUUAUGAUAUAUCUGUCACUGGCUGUUACCGCCAACAUUGUUUGA